AUGGCUGAUGUAAUACAACAAGAUGAUGAUCAUCAUCAAACACAAGAAUAUUGUAAUACAAAUACAUCAUCAUUGAUCGAACAAAUCUCCCAACAACUAAAUCAGUUACGUCAAGAUGAUCUUGAAUUGACAGAAAAACUAAUGUCUGUUUACGAUGGUCUAUGUCAUCUUCGGCAAACUUUGACAAAUUCCCAAAUAAAUUCCACAACAGAUAUUUCAAUAACUAUACCCAUUCAAAUUGAUUCUCCAACAUCAAGUCGUUAUCAUACAAAACAACGUUCAGACAGUGAACCAAAUAUUUUAUCAGAUCGUAGACGUAUGAUAACAGUAACCGAAGAAUUACAAUAA